UUGGUUAUUUUUGCAAAUGUCUUCAAGUUGCUGAAAUGGACUUUUGUGGAAUGAAAAAGUUCCUACCGCAAGUGAGAACCUUUUGUGGUUUCAUUGAUUUGAAAGCAGGUGCUUAUAUGAUUACUGUAUUUGCUUUGUUAAAUAAAAUAUCCGGAUUCUAUGGAGUAUCGUCAUUACUUGACGGGGGCGGGAUCACAUCAAUAAUAUCUUACUUCUAUUCUAUGAUUGCUGCCGCCGGUUUCGCUUGCAGUCUAUACGGAAUGUACAAUGUAGGUGCUAGAAGAUGUGAUAAUUACAUACGAAAGCUCGUACUUUAUUUAACUAUACUCGCCAAAACAUUAGGAGAACCUAAAAAUAUUACGAGCGUAUCCACCACUAUAUUGUCUCGAUUUAGAAGAAGAGUUUCUUCAGAGUAUGCUAAAUGGCAGGAUUCAUCGAACCUUUUGCCCGCUUGGAAAGCUGAAUCGACUAUUGCUAUAAUGUUUUUAUUGGCUAUUUGGAUAAUUCAUGUCUAUUUCGCUAUAGUAAUACAGUCAUAUGCAGAUCUUGUGUGUAAAAGAUACUUCAUGAAUUUAUCAUCAACAUCAGGUGAUGUAUUAAUGUUAUCACCAUCAUCAACAUUAAAUAAUAGUAAUAAUUCUCUGGCAGUAGUAGGAGUAACGCAUUAUCAACAAAUAUCGAAAUAUUCGCAAUAUUUCCUCGAGCUGUCAUCUGGUGUUGAUACAAGGGCUCAGAGAACAAUAACCACCACGACAUCGGCUACAGAUAUUGUGGAAACUGAAGAUGAUAUACUCAUUAAUAGUUUAUUAAAAUGCUCAUUCAUUGGCGAUAAGCAACAAUUAAACAUGCACGAAUUAAUUCCACCAUCGGAUACUAAUACGAAUACAAUUCCGAAUUAUGGAAAUGCAAUGAACUUGAUUGAUAUCCUGCGAGCACACGAUCAAUUGAAGCUAAUGCCAGUCGAGAAGUACAAGGAAUUUUACGCUAGCUGCAUGAAAAAUUUUGAGAUAUCCAUGGCCAGGCAAGUUUUUGACCUUUUUUUAUCGAGCUCAGAAAAUUCUGAGAAGCUUAAACAGGAUCUGAAAUUUGCUCAACAUAUGGUUGCUGGUGAGUUUCUAUUGGCGAAAGCAUGCCUCGAGGAGAGAACAUAUGAUGAUCCGUUACCAUUUUCUUUGGAAUCGAUAUUCAACGAGUUGAUAAGGAAUUAUCUAGAACGAAACAAUGUUGUAAUGAUAGAUAAAUUAUUGGUGAGGAUGACGAGAGAUUUUGGAAUACUGCCCAAAAAAGAAACUAUUCAUUCCGUGGUAUUGUGUUGUAAAAGUAUGGAUGGUCUUCUAGAAGCGAGAUCUUUAAUAAUGUCUUUAUUUCACAUAAUACACGAGCAUGAAAUAAAGCUUGAGUCAUUAACUUACGACUAUUUACUCAAUCUGUUUGCAACAUACGAAUUGAGAUUUCCAGCAAGAACUUUGUUUGACGAUAUGCUAAAGAUGAAUAUUACGCCCUCUAUCCACGCAUUUUCAAAUAUUAUGCAUCUGUUUGCGAAGAGCGUUAAUACUUUGGUAAACUAUCAUGAGCUUAUGGAACAAUUGAAAGUAAAACCGAAUGUUCAUACUUACACGAUAUUAAUCGGAAGUUUAGGGAGAGCUGGCUUCGUCCAGGAAGCUGCUAACUAUUUUCAUGAAAUGACUGAGAAGAAAAAGAUAGAACCUAAUCGUAUAACCUAUACGGAGUUAGUGAAAAUUUGCACGGAAAAUGCACAGAGUGAGGAUGUGAGCUCAGGAUUUUUUGAAGCGAUUAAAAAAAGUGGGAGACAACCGGAUGUCGUUGCCUAUACUGCAUUGAUACAGGCAAAAGCCGAAGCUAUGCGUUUUUCUGAAGCGUUAAUGGUCUAUCAAGAUAUGUUACGAGACAAUGUAAAACCCAAUCAACAAACUUUCACAGUACUUCUUGAUGUUUGUAUCCAAGCGGGUGAAUUCGAAACUUGCCAUAGAAUAUAUGAUGUGAUGAAAUCAACAGGUCUUCAACCAGACUUACACGUAUAUUGCACCUUGUUAAAUGCCUUUUGUCAAGAGAAAAAAAUAGAUCAAGCAGUGUUCUUGUUCCAAGAUAUGCUCGAGCAAGGAAUCAAACCAGAUCAAUCAUGUUAUAAUUGUCUAAUGCAUGCGUUCAAUCGUAAUGGAAUGCCGGAAUCAGUCUUUGCUUUCUACAAUAUGAUGAUAAAAAGCAUUAGGCCAGAUCAAGUAUCAUGGCGUAUUCUUUGGGACACGUGUUAUUUUCAUAAAAGACUCGAUGAGGCGCGAGACUUUUUCCGUGACAUGGAAAAAAUUACUACUAAACUUUAUGAUUAUGCAAUCAUGAGAUAUAUACAAUUGCUCGCUGAGAAUAAACAAAUCAUAGAGGCUUUGACAAUUUUGCUAUUAGCGAGGGAAAAGGAGGUUCGAUUUGAUCGGCAUAUUGUCUAUAAAAUAUUGUUAACUUUUAAAAUUCACGGAACUCACGAAAUGUUCAAUGAAGUGCGGAAUAUUCUCCAAGAUCAACCCCGACUUAGCAAAAAAGUUCCGACUCGGGAAAAACUUGAUUUAUAUAUAAAGAAUCUAAAGAGAAAAUAUCAGUUUUCCAAAACUGUUGUCGCUCAUAAAUAG